GAAACUCAGUGGAGCGACCUCACCAAGGCGCAAAGGCAUCCGGGGGCCACUUCACCUGUGUGAUGACUUAACUUGUGUGAAGUCCGACUUGCAGACGCAGUUCGGAUGCUCAGCGCGCGGCAGUGUGCUCUGGUGCUAAGCUGACACACAGUAAACGCUCAAACUGCAGAUAGGGGAAAAGAAAGACACUUUGAGGUUUUCUGGUGAACUCCGGCGCGUUCCGCUUCUUUCCGCAGCGGGUUUGGAUCCGACGCACUUCCGACUUGUUGCCCCCGCUGAGCUCUGAGGGGUCCUCGGCUGCUGCGUUGCGUGUCCGACAUAACAAGUCAGCGACAGGACUUAAAAGCCAGCUGUAAGGAUGAUGUCCUACAUAAAGCAACCCCAUUACACCAUGAACGGGUUAAAUUUGCCUGGCCCCGGUAUGGAUGUGCUGCACACAACCGUCGCCUAUCCGUCCACUCCCCGGAAGCAGCGCAGAGAGCGCACCACCUUCACCCGGACACAGCUGGACAUCCUGGAGGCCCUGUUCUCCAAGACCCGCUACCCAGACAUCUUCAUGAGGGAGGAGGUGGCCCUCAAGAUCAACCUGCCUGAGUCACGUGUGCAGGUUUGGUUUAAAAACCGCCGUGCCAAGUGCCGUCAACAGCAACAGCAGAGCAGUGGCCAGUCCAAACCCCGCCCCCCUAAAAAGAAGGCUUCUCCAGUGCAGGAACCCAGCGCCCCUGAUCCUGUUCCUAACCCAUCUGGCUCCUACAGCCCCUCCUCUGCCCAGUCAGGCCCCAGCCUGGCCCCGAGCUCCAGCACUGGAAACACUGCAGUGUCCAUCUGGAGCCCGGCCAUCUCGCCCCUGCCCGAUCCCCUGGCCUCCUCCUCUGCGCCCUGCAUGCAGCGGCCCUCCCCCUACCCCAUGAGCUACGGCCAGCCGUCGGCCUACAGCCAGGGCUACGCCAGCACCACCUCCUACUUCACCGGCCUGGACUGCAGCGCCUACCUGUCCCCCAUGCACUCGCAGCUGUCAGGCACCGUGGGCGCCCUCAGCCCCAUCACCGUGCCCUCCAUGGGGGGCUCCCUAAGCCAGUCCCCAGCCUCGCUGUCCUCGCAGGGCUACAGCACUGCCUCCUCCCUGGGCUUCACCUCUGUUGACUGCCUGGACUACAAGGACCAGCAGGCCUGGAAACUGGGCUUCACCACAAUGGACUGCCUGGACCACAAAGACCAAAACUCCUGGAAGUUCCAGGUCCUCUAGAAAGGGAGAGAGGGUGUGUCAACAUGUCAUGCGUCUCAACGAGUCCGGUGUGUGAUAGUGCGAGGCAGUGCAGCCAGAGGACUCGUUAUCUUUGAUUUUCAGUUUCUCGUUUGUAAGAUUUUGUUUUAUUUUCAAAAGGGUGACCUCUGUAGAAGUUGAUUUGAAUGACUUUGGAGAUGAAGGGACCAGGGACUGUCAUCGAUGCUGCCUGACUGCAAAUCAUUUAUCUGUUGUCUUCUUCACGCUACGUUAAGUAAGAGAACAAAAGCUUUGAAAGAGUUUGUAGGGAUAUACUGGAGUCGUGCUUAUGGAAACACACCGGGCCAUCUCUUCUUUUAACGAGACCGUCUGACUCAGACACUGUUUCAUCAACUGCCGUCGUCGUAGAGUGAGAGGAGAGCUGCUUUGACAGGAAGGAGCUCAGAAGUCCUCUAGGUCACUUCCUCCUUCAGGGUUUAAUUAUUUUAAGCUAUUUAUUAUUAAUUUAUGCUACAUUUAAAUAUGUAAUUUGGUUUAGAUAUUUUUGAGCAUUUGUGUUACAGUGUUAGCCUUUAGUGUUAUCCUCCCAAUCUGUUUGAUGGAAAAAUUAGACCUUCUGUUUUAGUUGUGUGACAUAUUAAAGUGAUCUAUUCUUUACACGCCUGUGCACUGACACUCAUUGCAGGUUUACGGCUCAUUGGGCCUGAUUCUGACACAGUUAUUAAUUGACCCACAGGUCGGUAUGAAGACACAGUGCGGAUGUAAAGUGGCCAUGUUGUGCUCAGGUCUGGACCCGUCAUGUUUGUCAUAUGGCCUGCAUGGCUCUCACUGGUCCGUCUUGGUUAUUUUAGCUUAUCUGAUUCUGGGAGUGUCCCAAUCCUCUUAGCCUCCCUUCAGCAAUGCCCUAAGUGAAUUAGUUAGGAUUAUUGCCCUAUCCCCCUCUGUCUCUCUCUGUCUCUCACCCAUCUCACCCACCUCUUCCUUUCCUGGCUCUCUCCUCACCUUUUUUUCCCUCUUUCGUCAUUCUCGCUCCGACUCUACAGUAUCUCUUUUCUCGAUCGCCACCUGUUGUCUACCUUUUGCUUCUCUUCCCCCCCAAAACUAACAUAUUAUUCCAAAGCAUCUCAAUCAUUGACAGCAAUGCAGUUUAAUAAAGCCUUUUCAUUAAACAGUUGUUUUUAUUAAUUGUUCUGGCUGUGAGAUGUCGGCUCAGUGGAUCCCCUUCUUUCAACCCCCACCACUCCACCAAUCUCCCCAACUCCUCUGACAACUUGGUAAUCCCCACAUGACCUGCUUACUGCCACGCACAUUUAGCUAUGACAUCAAAUAUCUGGAAAUAUUUCACAGACGUAUGUGUUGUUUGUGUGUUGUGGGAGUUUGUGUCAAAAGCUGUGUAUUAUGCUAUCUUUUUAAAGCGAAAUGGAAUUGUAGAGCAGUUGCGUAACUUUAGAGCAGUUGCCAUAAAAUGAUCAAUAAAUCUAAUCUAUGGUUUUACGGUAUUGUUUAGAUUCAGAUUACAUUUGUGCAACUGACGUGCUUAAUGUCGGCUAAAUUAAAGGCUUGAUAAAGUGUCACUCCUGAGAGAUUUCUGAUGUAAUUCUGAUAUAAAUAAUAAACACAAAUUCUACUUUUGUUGCUAUUUAAA